AUGUUGAACAAAAGUUGUGAUAUACCUCAUAAUAUUAUGGAAUUAGAAGGUGAUCAUUUUUUUGAAUUCAUUAAACAAUAUUCAGGUGAGAAGGUGGCUAACCUUCUCGAAUUUCAAGAUAUUAGUAAUGUACAUUGUCUGCUUGCUUGUGAUGAUCCCUUAGAAAUUUUAUCAUUGGAUUCAAACGAUUUAUUAGAUUUAAAAAAGAAAACAUGCAUCAAGUUAAAUAAUAAUUCGUUUGUUGUUUUACCUGGAAUAAAGAGCAAAAUGAAUCUUUUAAAAAAUGCAAUAAUGAAGAAAUAUUAUCAACUAAAGAAAGGAACAUCAAAAACACCUUCAAAUAUUCUUGUAACAAACAAUCCAUCUACAAAUAGUUUGGUAAGUAACAAUUCUACUGAUUCUGCAAAUGGAUGUUUGAAUACACCAACGAAUACUUCUUCAUCAUUAAAUAUUAAUUUAAAAACUGAAGAAAAAAUAAAACAAUAUCUGAUCAAGUCUCUAGACGAGUGGUGCGAAAAGAUGAAAGAAAUUAAAAAUAAAAAUCAACAAAUAUUUCACCUCCAAGAAAAUGUUGAUUAUGAAAUUGUUAUUGAUAUUAAUGCAAACAAGGUAUUGAUUAGGUGCCAAUGUGGUGCAACUGCAACAUUAGGUCAAAAAAAUAAUAACUAUAUCCUAUCUAAUUAUAUUCGUCAUUUAACAAAUCGGAAACCUUGUUUUAUAGUUCAACAAAAACUGAAGAAUAUUAAUGAUAUUACAACUGACAAUGUAGCUUCUACAUUUUCUAACACAGAUGCUCCUGACGUCGAUCUGAAAACUCAUCCUACAUCACUUGAAAAGCGGAAAAGAAAUCACGAACUCAAUGCAUCAUCAGCUAAAAAGAAGAAAAAUAUUUGA